AUGUUGUCUACACAAGAGGUCUCCGAACGAACCGGCCCGCCUCGGCGAAGAGAAUCCGAGGAACGACGAUGGAACGACCACACCCCUGUCGACAAAGAUGAAUACGUGAAAGGCAUGAUUGUGAACUUCCCUGAUGUGGUUCUUUGCGAAGCGAAUGACCCCAAUGCUGUCCAGACGCAGUUUGGCUGGUUUUGUUUCAAGACGAGAUACGGUAUCGUCAUCGACAACACCACCGAACUUGAGGUCCUAAAGCUCGGCACUUCCGGAGGACGCGGACCAUUAUUGAAGCCCAUACAAGUCCGCGUGAAUUGCUUCGGUCUCAAGAAAGCAGAAGAUGCAGAAUACUACUGCUGGGACGAAGAGCUGGGCAGAAAGGUCGCGUGCACCCCAGAAAAAGGCGUCUAUGACAUAGAAGUAGGUUGCCCAUACCAACCCAAGACGGGCGCCUUUGGAAAUGUCUUAGACGUUAUUCCCCUCCCACAUGACUCUCGUAUCGAAGUGUGCGGAGAGAUCGGGGAAGACGUCCUCAACGCGAUUCUUAAGAAGCGCAAUCGAAGACUUCUACAGAAACAAAGCACGAGCACCCCCAAAGACAUGUGGAUUGAGGAAUUGGAGGCACGACUAGACAAGGACAAGCACAGUCACCAAGAUAUAGACGACAAGGUCCGCCCAGAGAAGACGAAGCAGGAUCAGCAGCUCAGUCAAAAUAGCCAACAGGGUGCUCAGCUCCAUGACCAAGGCCUACAAGGACGAGGUGUCAAUGGAGGCUCCCGACGCCGAGCCCCCGACAGUGACACUACAAUGAGGACGGCCCCUACCAAGCGCGCAAAGACCGAUAUCAGCAUGCUCACACCCGCCCCCGCGAUUCGAGACAGCAGCCAGGCCGGAGCAAUCAACGGGCAGCGCAACAGUUCGCGAUGGCGCGGCCCGUCUUACCAGCUUCCGCCUGACCGCGUUAACGGAGCUCGACGCUUUACAGGACCUGGUAGCAACGACGGUAGCAACCGCCCCCCGCAAAAUGCUCCACGACAACCACGCCGAGGCAACUCACGCCCUAGUCGACGGUCCUCUGGGAGCCAUGGUAACAUCAUUGAGGACCAGGCGCGAGCCAAUGGACGUCCAGAGCCGGCCCCAGGCAAUGAUGAUCGAAGCACCGAGACCCGGCGCUUGAUCGUCGAGGCGCAAGGCAGCCGUGGAGCGAAUAUGUCUUCCGCAGCCAACUCGACGAUUGCCGACUACGAAUACCAGCCACUAGACCAUGCGACACAGCAAAUACGACUUGUCACGCUUCUGGAUCCGCUGGAGAACGACGACGCUAUACGUCUCGACAUCGAAGUCUUCGAAAUCUCGGAAGCCCCGCCAUACACAGCCUUGUCAUAUGUUUGGGGUCGACCACCAUCAAAUCACGACGUCUACAUCGCAAAUGGAAGGCUUGAAAUCCGCGAAAAUCUGUUUCAGUUUCUCACGGAGUUCCGGAAAUGCCGCGACAAGACGCCCUCAGAUCGAUAUCUUUGGAUUGAUCAGCUGUGCAUUGAUCAGUUGAGUACUGCUGAGCGCAAUCAUCAGGUGCAGAUGAUGAGCGAUAUCUACAGCAAAGCUACGUCAGUUAUUGCUUGGUUGGGCGACGGAUCUGAGAAAGCCUGCGCGCCGCCCGAACUUCUCGCCGAACGCGGAUGCGGUAAGUUCGAUAACAUGUACGAUGCCGCAUGUGCAUGGAAGGAUGUUGGAGAACAAGCAGCAGUGACAGACUUGGACGUUUUCGUGGUCAUGCUUGUCCGAUCACCGCAGUAG